GUGGCCCUCGGGAGGAGUGGCGUGCGGAGGCCGGAGACAUCAACACCUCAUCAUCGGCAAGGCGACCGCGAGCGACAAUAUAACAAUUAUCACCAAAUAAUCCACCGAUAUUAUUUUCACGCAUACAACCAGCAGCAUCUCGGCAGUAAGGUCACGAACGCAAUUUGCACCGUCAUCGAUAACGCCAUCAAUAUUGUCGGUGGUUACCAUCGAUACAGAAAGCAUCGCCGAUAUCGUCAAUUCCGUUGUAAGAUACAGUAGCAACGGGUAUCAGCAGCGCCUUGGAUAACAUUGACAUCACAUCACGUUGCCGACAACGGCUACUCGCUAACAUCGACUAUCAUCGCGACACGUGAGUAAUAUUAAUAACAGUGAUCGGUGUCAGGCACCGUUUAAAGACGACAAUCGUCACCAACCACAACAUCAACAACACCACCAUCAUCAACAACAACACCACCAUCAUCAUCAUCGUCCGUAUCCGGGACGUGUGGCUGCGUGAACAUUGCGCUGUGGGGGUGACGACGACGACGACGAGGAGGAGGAGGAGGGGGAGGAUUUGAUCGCCGAGGAGUGGACGAGCGAGCAGACCCCAAGAGGAGACCAUGGCGUCGGAGCCGCCCCCACCGUACCAGGAGCCCUACCCCGUGGGCCCCUCGGUGCCCACCGCCCCGUCGGCAACCCCCGCCCCCAAGGGGCCUCCAGGAAUGACUGGGCCAUUGCUCGGUGACACCAAGUCGAUGCCACAGCCCGGACAAGAUGGACAGUUCCCCGUGCAGACUCAGCCCAGCUGGUUCCCAGCCCUCCCCCCGUACUCUGCCACCCCACCCACCAUGGGCCCCCCCCAGCAGGGGUACCCAACGUCCCCCGGCGAGUAUGGACCAGCCUUCUACCCGCCGCAGCCCGUGGGCCCCUACCCUGCGUACGGCCAGCCCUUGGCGGCAGGGGGGCCCGGCGGUCCCGCGGGCCCCACGAUGGUCGUGCCGUCGGCGGCGGGCCAGGCGCUGACGCUGCUGCACAGCGAGGUGCCCCAGCCGUACCCCAUGCGCAUGGUGUGCCCGCACUGCCAGCUGCUGGUCACGACGCAGACCUCUCACGUCUCGGGCACAAUGAGCGUGCUCAUGUGCGUCCUCUGCUGCAUCGUCGG